GUGGGGGGAAUAAAACAGGUUGCAAAGAAGUUGUUUUCCUGGGGUUGUCUUAAGCAUUUCAGGAGCUGCACUGAGCCUGAUUGAAUUAGAUCUGGAUUGGUUUUUUGGGGGGAUAACUUUUCUAAGUUAUUUUUAUUUCCAGGUUUCAAUGUAUUUAGGCUACUGAGCGGAUCAGCUGUAGCCCUGGUAAUAGCCCCUACUGUAUUACUGACAAUGCUUUCAUCUGCUGAACGUGGAUGCCCUAAGGGCUGUAGGUGCGAAGGCAAAAUGGUAUAUUGCGAGUCCCAGAAAUUACAGGAGAUACCCUCAAGUAUAUCGGCUGGUUGUUUAGGUUUGUCCCUUCGAUAUAACAGCCUCCAGAAGCUAAAAUACAAUCAGUUUAAAGGUCUAAAUCAACUCACCUGGCUCUAUCUAGACCAUAACCACAUCAGCAAUAUUGAUGAAAAUGCUUUCAAUGGGAUACGCAGGCUAAAAGAGUUGAUUCUGAGUUCCAACAGAAUCGCCUAUUUUCUUAAUAACACCUUCAGACCAGUGACGAAUCUCCGGAACUUGGAUCUGUCAUAUAAUCAGCUGCAGUCUCUGGGGUCUGAACAAUUCAGGGGCUUAAGGAAGCUGCUGAGUUUACAUUUGCGGUCCAACUCCCUGAGAACCAUCCCUGUCCGAAUUUUCCAGGACUGUAGGAACCUUGAACUCUUAGACCUGGGCUACAACAGGAUCCGAAGCUUAGCAAGGAAUGUCUUUGCUGGCAUGAUCAGGCUGAAAGAGCUUCAUCUGGAGCACAAUCAAUUUUCUAAGCUUAACUUGGCACUUUUUCCGAGGCUUGUCAGCCUUCAGAACCUUUAUUUACAAUGGAAUAAAAUCAGUGUUAUAGGACAAACUAUGUCCUGGACCUGGAGCUCAUUACAAAGACUUGAUUUAUCUGGCAAUGAAAUAGAAGCGUUCAGUGGACCUAGCGUUUUCCAGUGUGUGCCCAAUUUGCAACGCCUGAACCUGGAUUCCAACAAGCUCACGUUUAUUGGUCAAGAGAUUUUGGAUUCUUGGAUCUCUCUCAAUGACAUCAGCCUUGCUGGAAAUAUAUGGGAAUGCAGCAGAAAUAUUUGCUCCCUGGUAAACUGGCUCAAAAGUUUCAAAGGGCUGAGGGAAAAUACAAUUAUCUGUGCCAGCCCCAAAGAGUUGCAAGGGGUGAACGUUAUUGAUGCAGUGAAAAAUUUCAGCAUCUGUGGCAAAAGUACUACAGAGAGGUUUGAAUUCCCACGGGCUCUCCCAAAGCCAACCUUUAAACCCAAAGUCCUCAGGCCUAAGCAUGACAGCAAGCCGCCUCCGCCCCCCACGGUCGGGGCCACCGAAGCCAGUCCGGCGCCUGAGCACGACACAGAACACAUCUCCUUCCACAAAAUCAUCGCAGGAAGCGUGGCCCUUUUCUUGUCCGUGCUGGUGAUUCUGCUGGUGAUCUAUGUGUCCUGGAAGCGGUACCCUGCCAGCAUGAAGCAGCUGCAACAGCGCUCUCUCAUGCGACGGCACAGGAAAAAGAAACGGCAGUCGCUGAAGCAGAUGACUCCCACCACGCAGGAGUUUUAUGUCGACUACAAGCCGACGAACACCGAGACCAGCGAGAUGCUGCUGAACGGGACAGGACCCUGCGCAUACACCAAGGCAGGCUCCCGGGAAUGUGAGGUAUGA